UUUGGCUCCAGUCUAUAUCUAUGGCUCAAAACGAACAAUCCUGCCCUGCAGGUUAUGAGACCAAGGGCCUAGAAUGUGUUGACGUUGAUGAAUGUGCUGAUGGUUUCGGUGCUACUCUAUGCGGGAAAUUGCGUGAUGGUACAGAAACUGGACAUUGUUUUAACACAGCUGGAAGCUUCUACUGCCAGUGUAGAGAUGGUUUUUACAGACCAUCACUGGAGGUAAAUUAUACAACUGGUGCAUGUUUAGACAUACAUGAAUGUAAUAAGGAAAAGGGCAUCUGUGGACCUAAUGCCAAGUGUGAAAAUACAAUUCCCAAUUACAAGUGCUCUUGCAAAGAGGGAUUCACCUCUUCUCCCAAAGUAGAAAACUUUCACAGAAAAGAUAAUGUCACGUGCAGAGAUAUAGAUGAAUGCAAAGAGGAAAAGGUUUGCGGUCUGAAUUCAACAUGUACCAACACACAAGGGAGUUAUUACUGUGUCUGCAAAACUGGMUUUGGACUGAAAUCUGGUAAAUCUAAUUACACUGGAAAAGUGGAAGAGUGUGAAGACAUGUGUCAGCUUAAUAAAACAAUCUGUGGAAAUGGAACAUGCCACAGUGGGGAAGGUGGACAUUACUGUGCAUGUCAUGCAGGUUUUACUAACUAUGGCAACAAGAAGUCCCGCUGUAUUGAACUGGAUUGUGGUGUUUUUAAAAAAGUGACAAAUCUGCCAGAGACAUUCCACAAUGUAGAGGAUCAUGUGAAGCAACUAAAUAGAAGUUGCGUGGAGCUCACAGAGGGAGAGGAUCUGAAGAAGCUGGAUGGAGAGAGCUCACUCAAGAUUCUUCAGUCGAUAAUGGACAAGCUUUUGUCUGAAAAAGCUCUGAAUGAUAACAGGAAAAUCUCCACCUUUCUGGACUUGGUGGAGCAAGCUUUGAGGCUCACUGGACCCUUUGUCACAACCCCUGGAACCAAACUUUCCUCCUCUAACACAGAACUGGAGCUGCUGGUGCACACUGGCCCAGUCCAAACUCAAGAAGUGAAAACUUUAUCUGUAAAGAAUGCUAAACUGGACAUCAACAUGGAGGUAGCAGCUGGAAAUCCCUCCCAAUAUCCUGNAACGUGUGUGUUCUGGGAUUCUUCAGAAGAUGGGGGGAAGUGGUCCACUCGAGGUUGCAUUGUUGCUGAGUCGAACCAAAAAUAUACAGUGUGUUCCUGUAACCACCUGAGCAGCUUUGCUGUGCUUAUGGCCCUCUACGAAAUAGAGGACCAUUUUGAGUUGCAGCUCAUCACCUGGGUGGGCCUGUCUCUUUCACUAAUCUGUCUGUUCCUCUGCAUCCUGACGUUCUCAAUGAUCCGUUCCAUCCAAAGCCCAAGAACUACCAUCCACCUGCACCUCUGCAUCAGCCUCUUCAUUGCUAACAUUAUCUUUCUUGCGGGCAUCACAAAGACAGAGAACAAGGUUGGAUGUGCAGUUGUAGCAGGGAUGUUGCAUUUCUUCUUCCUAGCAGCAUUUUGCUGGAUGUGUCUGGAAGGCAUACAGCUCUUCCGGAUGGUCGUACUGGUCUUCAACACCAACUUUAAAACAAUCUACAUGAUGGCAGGGGGUUAUGGAGUCCCGGCUUUAAUUGUUGCUGUCUCGGCAUUAGUCAACUCCAAGGGAUAUGGCACUAACAGACAUUGCUGGCUGAACCUGGAUUCCAUUUGGAGUUUUUUUGGUCCUGCAUGUGUCAUCAUCAUUGUGAACAUUUUAUUCUUUCUCAUCACGGCAUGGAAGUUGGCCCAGAAGUUUUCAACUUUGAACCCAGAUCUGGACAACUUGCGGAAAAUAAAGGCUUUCAUCAUUACUGCAGUGGCUCAACUGUGCAUUUUGGGCAUUAUGUGGAUCUUUGGGUGUUUCCAGUUUGAGAAGACCACGAUAGCCACGUCUUAUCUGUUCACAGUAUUUGGCAGCUUUCAGGGAGUUCUGCUUUUUGUCAUGCACUGUCUGUUUUCUAAACAGGUGAGAGAGGAAUAUGCAAACAUUUUGUCUCGCUGUUCUACACCUGGAAAGAGGAAAUACGCCGAGUUCAGUUACUCGCACUCCAGCAAAGCACAAGCAUCCAAAAGUACCCAGGACACAGGAGAGUCUCGUGUUUAAGGAAGCUAACCAUGACGCAGGACAAAAGCCCAGUUUUACCAAACAAUUCAUAAAGUUUACAACUGGAUUUUUCUGUAACCAGCACCAUCUUUCUGAACUCCAUGUGGUGGCUGGGUCUAUAUUGUCUCUUAAAAACAUUUGUUUUAAAAAAAAAGUAUUCUGUUUAGAUUUUUAGAGAACAGUUGUUCAAAUUGCCAAAUGUUUUAUAUACUGAAGAAAAACAACAU